GGCCAAACCGGCUGGAGGCGAAGACUCCUCAAUUCUCCCAUAAUUGACAGAAAUAAUUUUGACCCAGAAGAGAACCCUAACAAAAACCUCCUUUUUUGCCCUUUAAAAAAAAUUACCUUCGCCUCUGAUGAUUCUCUCUAUGAAGAGUAAGCGACGAUCAAUAGAAUCCAUGGCCAACAAUUCCACUCCUCUUGCUCUUCGCAACCAUGAUAUCAUCAAAGACAUCAUCUCCAGACUUCCCGUCAAGUCUGUUAAACGCUUCGAAUCCGUAUGCAAAGCCUGGUAUUUCCUCUUCCAUUCCGGUGACUUCAUUUCAAUCCACUUCCGUCGCUCUUCCCCUCGGCCGUCUCUUCUCAUUCGUCGCUUCCAUAGCCCAUCUGGGUCUAACUUUUCUAUCACUUUGAUCGAUAGUCGAACCUCAAUUCCUCGCGAGAUAAGGAUACCGUUUCUUGGUUCUUUGAUUCGGUAUCCCAAGAUUGUUGCGUCUUGCAAUGGUAUUAUCUGUUUCGAUGUCUCGCCUUGCUAUGCCUGCGCUUUUGUUCUUUGGAAUAUUUCGACCAGGCAAUUUCGAGGUCUCCCUCGACCCACAAUCAAUGAUGCUCAUGAACCAAUUUGGAUGGUUGCUUGUGGAUUUGGGUAUAGUCCUCAAAAUAAUGAUUUUAAAUUGGUAAGGAUUGUGAAUUUUCAUUGCAAUGAUGACGACUCGCCCGUUGUGAGGGCUGAAGUGUACUCAUGGAGUACGACUUCGUGGAGGCUGUUGGACGGAAGAAUGAUUGAGGAAAGAAUUGGUUCUUGUGUGAUUCCCGAAGGUCAGCAGGCUGUGAUUGUGGAUGGGUCUGUGCAUUGGCUGGCUAAUGGGGUUGGGAAAUUGGCAAAUCACAAGUUCAUCGUCUCAUUCAACAUGGGUAAUGAAGUAUUCAAAACCAUACAAACACUAGAUUUUAUUCCCCCUGGAAUUUGUGCUAAACUUGUAAGAUUCAAUGAAUCACUUGCUUUGGCAUUAUAUCCUGCUAUGCCUGUUUAUCCUUCUGGAUAUGGAAGACCCAUCAAUCUUAUUGAGUUAUGGACAUUGAAUAAAGAUUAUCCUACAGACGGUGAUGGAACGCGCUGGACUAAACUCCAUACGUUGGAACUGAAUUCUUCAGGACUUGGUACCCCAAUUGGAGUUUACAAUGAAUCAGAGUUGCUAGUCAAGCGUGUUGACGCACAAUGUGUUACUCUAUCCUUUUUUGAUCCCUAUAACAAAACCAUCAAGACAAUACCCAUUUGCAAUUCUGAGUACACAUGUGAGUUCUAUAAUUAUGUCGACAGCUUAGUUCCAGUAGAAAAUGCAGCGGAUUUGGAAACAGAAGAGGCACAGGAGUUGGAAAUACAUUAGAUGUUUAGACUCAUGAUUGGUUCAUACUUUUGCUGAGUAGGAAAGACUUUGCUUAGGAAGUUGGAUCCUUUUCAUAUAUAAUAUUAUCAUAUUAGGAAUUAAUUCUAGCAUUUUACUUUUGACUCUGAAUUGAACCAGUUUGAGUCUAAAACCUUACCUACUUAUGUUUAUAUUGUUUUUUUAAAUAUGCAGUUGGCAUAUUCUUGGCUUGAUA